AUGGCCUUGAGACCUGAGGACCCCAGUAGUGGGUUCCGGCACGGCAACGUGGUGGCAUUCAUCAACGAGAAGAUGGCCAGACACCCGAAAGGCCCCGAGUUCUAUCUCGAGAAUAUAUCCUUAUCCUGGGAGGAGGUGGAAGACAAGCUCAGGGCCAUCCUGGAGAACCGCGAGGUGCCCAGCGAGGUCAAAGAGGCCUGCACCUGGGGCAGCCUGGCCUUGGCGGUGCACUUCGCCCAUAGGCAGGCAGAGUUACAAAACCGCAGGGUGCAGUGGCUACACAGUUUCGCCAAACUGCACAAAUCAGCCGCACAGGCCUUGGUGUCAGACCUGACGAAGCUCAGGGCGCAGCAGGAGACAGAACGCGAGGAGGCGGCCUCCCAACUAAGAAUGGCCCAGUCCAGGCUCGCGGAGGUGCAGAAAGAGCGAGACAAGGGGCUGGCGUCUCCCCAUGAGUGGGAGCAGGCGGCCGGGGGGCCAGGCCUGGCCACUGCCAGAGCAGUUUGCACAGAAGGAGCAGGUGAGGAGGAAGAAGAGGUGGCGGUGGCUGCUGCUGGUGCCGCUGGAGGAAAAGGAGGAGAAGAAAAGCAGAGGGAUGUGGAGACUGUGACUGCCUCUGUGGAGGCCAUAGCUCCCCCUGUGGAGGCUGGGGCUUCCCCCAUGGAGGCUGAGUCCCCCCCUCUGGAGGCUGGGGUUGCCUCCAUGGAGACCACACAGGAGCUGGAGAGAAUUAUCCUGCAGUUCCUCGGAGAUGCUGAGCAGGAAAGUUACACCUACUGGGGGAAGAGUGAGGGAGAUCUUAGGUCCAGCGAAACAGCCAUGCCUUUCUUCUCUGAAACCAUGAAGCCCAGAUCCACAGCCUCACCAGAACCUCUUGCUGUCCAGCUCCCUGCCUCAUUCACAUACUCAUACUCAAGCCCUUUGUCCACCUUCUCAGCCAUACCCACUAUAUCCCCUCCACCAGCAACAGCAUCAGUUCCACCUCAGAUGCCUUCCGACUGGGGGGCCUUUGGUUCUAGCCUGUGGUCUGAUGUGGGGGGCCACAGAAUAGACCCUCAAGAGCAUCCAAGAGACAAGAAAGACUCCGAACCCCAUCAGCAAAGAAGACUUCCAGUAUAUCGCAGGCCUGGUGAUUGGGACUGCCCUUGGUGUAAAGCUGUGAAUUUUUCACGGAGGGAUACUUGCUUCCACUGUGGGAGGGGAAUCUGGCUACAAAAACCCCAGUGA